GACUUUCAAAACUUAAAUUUACCGCUGAUAACACCAGAAUUCAAAUAUGGGUAAAGGCAUCUGGAUUUGACCAUCUCAAAUUGUUUAUCAGGAUUCUCCCUAAACGAAGCAGGAGGGAACAGCAGUGAUUAAUGGAACAGAAGUCAUCCAUCCAUCCACUGAUCCCCACCUUCUCUCUCCCCGAAGCAAUCGAAAUCGGCGCGGUGUGAAACCAACCACGCCGGUGGAUCCACGGCGGCGCGCGCACCCCCGCCACCGACGAUUGCCGGCGACGCGCCGACGCCGGGAGGGAGGGAGGGAGGGAGGGAGGGAGACCCCGCACCUGCCGCUUGCCGCUCCGCUGUUCCCAUCCCGCUCCCACCUCGCCGCCCGCCUCCCCCCACCAACCUCUCCUCUCCCCUACUUCUCGCUUCCGCUCCACGCCUCGCUGCCUGCCGCUCCACCGAUCGCUCGCUCGCUUCCCGCGAUCUCGCCUCCGAGAGCAGAUCUGGUGGCGGGGCGUCGGGCCCCGUCGGCCGAUGGUUUCCGCCGCGGCGCAGGCGGGCGUGGUCGCCGCGUGCGUCGUGCUGUUCGUCCCCAUGGGGCUCGCCGGGUGGCACCUCAGCCGGAACAAGGUGCUCUUCUUCUCCGGGGCGCUGUUCGUCUCGCUCGCCGUCGGGGUACACCUCUCGCCUUACCUCCCUUCCCUCCCGCACCUCCUCCUCGCCGCAUCCUUCCACCCCCAUCCCAUCUCGUCGUCGUCGUCGUCUUCGGCCGCCUCCUCCUCGUGCGUGCCUCUCCUGCACCGCGUGUCAUGGGCGGACGCGGGUGGGGAAUCGGGCGUCGGUAGGGCGUGGGCGUGGCCGCCGUCGCUGGCGUCGACCUGCGGCCUCGCGCGGCUGUCGCGGGACGACGCGUCGCUGCUGCUGAAUGGGUCGUGGGUGAUGGUGGCCGGGGACUCGCAGGCGAGGUUGCUGGUGCUCGCGCUGCUCCGCCUCCUGCUCGACCCGGCCGCCGCGGCGGCCGCGGAGCCGGAGCUGUUCCGCCGCCACAGCGACUACCGCGCCACCGUCCCUGCGAGGGGGAUCUCCGUCGAUUUCGUCUGGGCGCCCUUCGAGAGCAACCUCACGCGGCUGCUCCACGAGGAUCUCCGCCUCGCGCCGCGCACACCGGACGUGCUCGUCCUCGGAUCCGGCCUCUGGCACAUGCUCCACGUCACGGACGCCGCUCGCUACGGCGACGCAUUGGCGUCCGUCGUCGAUGCGGCGAAGUCGCUCCGGUCGCCGCUCCCCGUGCCGCCGCCGCACAUGUUCUGGCUCGGCCUGCCGCUGCUGGUGAACCACAUGCUCAACACUGAUGCCAAGAAAGUACACAUGAACGACACCAUUCUGCAAGCCUACGACCUUGAGGUCGAGCAGAGGGGGCUCUUGCAGCGCGACGGUGGCCCGUUCCUACUGCUUGAUGUAGGAAAGCUCUCCCGGGGGUGUGGGCAGCAAUGCACGGCUGAUGGAAUGCAUUAUGACGGCGAUGUGUAUGAUGCGGUCUUGCACAUCAUGCUCAAUGCAUUGGUGAUCGAGUCACAACAGAGGAUUUGAUUGAUUGGGUUCUUGAAGCAGGUGUGUUCUCACACCCUGUUCUUUUGGUCCAGUAUAAUACAGGGGUAAGUAGGAAUUGUUGUGAAUUAGGGGUGUUCUUUUGAUCGCUUCAACAUUUUGGUCGCUUGCCAGAAUCCAUAGUUGGAUUCCUCAACCUUAGAAUGUAAUUUAAGGGAAUCUUAGAACAACACUCUUUUUCUCCUUUUCUUUUUGGGCUAAAUGGCAAGCCGAGCUGUUGUGUUGUAUACUGUUUCUAGGUAACAACUGAAAAUGAUGAUUCGAAAAUGUAGGAGAGGAAACAUUCUGGAAUGCUAAAAACUAGUCAUCCUUUUUGUUUGCAGCUGGAGAUAUUCUGUGUUACAAACACACAAAUGUUUUCUGAAUCAUGUCUAUUGCUGCUAUGACAUGUUCAGUGUUUCUUUUUGG